UGGUCUCCUAUUGAUUAAUAAGAGAUAUCAUCACUAAAAUAAUGGUUAAUUUAUGUAGUUAACAUAAAAAUAAUGGUUAAUUUAUGUAAUUAACAUAAAAAGUUACAUGAAAAGUAAAGAAAUAUACAUUGGUUCUUUUUCUUGCUAAGCACAGUUAUAUAUACAUAUAUCUAUAUUGUAUAUUUGUGUGUACGUGUCGAAUAUUUCAGUAAAGCAGCAUGUGACGAUAUUGCGCGAAUGUACGCAUCUUAGAAGAAAUUAAAUUGUGACAUCUAUUUAAUCAGACAUUACAGACAAUUACGUCUAUCUCGAAGAAUACUACAAUCUAUUAAGAUAAAUGAAACUGGUGAAACCGGUAUAAAAAUAAGUCGUUGAGGUUAUGGUCGGGAUCAGUGAACACUCUUCCCGUAAAGUAACUCGGGAUAAGAGCAAUACGUCGAGAUAUCUGUCCGAAAAAAAUUGCCUUUAUAUAGAAAGACAAAUAUAAUAUUCUACGAAAAAUAAAAAGUUGAUACAGCUUGAAAUUGCAAUGCAUGAAAAUUGAAUUUACAUAUCGUAUGUGUAACAAUUGAGUGUUUGUAUUUAGCCUAUGCAGAAAGGUUUAAAACCUUAAAAAGACAUGUUUCAAGCUCAACAUAUAAGGACUUGCAUAAAGGCUGUUAAAAAACUAUGUCCAUUAGUGACAUUAGUAUGCACCGUGUUUGUCAUCGUCAUCACGAUUUAUAUUAAUCAGAAGAUUUCACCGGUCUUCAUCUUCCUCUGUAUGCAAGUAUACUUGAACUGGUAUUCUGUAUACAGUAUUAGCUACAGGUCCAAUCCGAUGAAGGUCAAGGAAGUACGGAGCAACCUGUGUGAUGUGACAACGCAGAAUAAACUCGAGCUGAGCACGGCGCAGUUAGCAGCUCACAACAGGGCUUACAAGUUUUGGCAUUGCGAACGCUGUGAGAGUUAUAUGUGCAAGCCUACGCAGCAUUGCGUUUUCUGCCGUAAAUGUUUCCACUUCAAGGAUCACCACUGCUUCUUCCUGGGUGCUUGCGUGUUGCGGCAGAACAUGGGAAACUUCAUACUGUUCUGCUUCUACACCUCGCUGACGUGUCUGUAUUCCUUAUGCGUCAUUGCGCCAUACAUGUAUGAAAACAUCAACCACAUAGUGAACAUCAACGACACAGACUACUUUAACAUAUUUCUGAACUUCUGUUUUCCUAUCGCGCUGGUUCGACUGUUGCACUCCCGAGAUAGUUUGAGCAUAUUGCUUGUCAUUAUUUUCGACAUGCUGAUUUCAAUUUUGUGUAUCUGCCUGGUAUAUGGUAUUUGGAAGCUGCAUAGUUGUCUGACUGGUAAACAGCGUUACGUAAAUAUAACAGGAAAGCAAAAUUUGAGAGAGAUCUUCGGAAGCUAUGGUCUCUCGAAUAUUAUCUUCCCAUACAAUGGUCUCAUAGGCACGAGAGACAUCAAUGGCAAAUACGAAUUAAAGGAAGUGUAAAACACAUUCUAGUCAAUAGCUAAUGGACGAACAAAGAAUUUAUUCUCAAUGUAUAUGCAUUUCUUUAUUGUAUGCACAUAUUGGCCUAUAAUAUAUUAUAUAUUAUUAUAUAUAUAUAAAAG